AUGACCUCCCCCAAGAACAAAGCCAAGAAGAAACAACCCAAAGACAGCAUGACGCUGCUGCCGUGCUUUUAUUUUGUCGAGCUCCCCAUCGUCCUGUCCUCCUUGGUGUCCCUGUACUUCCUGGAGCUGACCGACGUGUUGUCCCCGGCGACCGUGGGUUUCCGUUGCCGUGACCGCGACCUCUCCAUGCCCUACAUGGAGACGGGCGAUGAGCUCAUCCCUCUGCUCAUGCUGCUGAGUUUAGCCUUCGCCGGACCCGCCGCGUCCAUCAUGAUGGGGGAGGGGCUGACGUACUGCUUCCAGUCCAAACUGAAGACGUGCCCCAAGUCGGAGAGCAGCAUCAACGCCGGAGGCUGCAGCUUCAACUCCUUCCUGAGGAGGACCGUGCGCUUCGUCGGUGUGCAUGUGUUCGGUCUCCUGGCAACGGCCUUGGUAACAGAUGUCAUCCAAUUGGCCACCGGUUACCACGCCCCUUUCUUCCUCACCGUCUGCCAGCCCAAUUACACGGCGGCGGCAGAGUCGUGCGACAGCAACGUCUACGUGACGCGGGACGUCUGUCUGGGGAAAGACCAGUACGCCAUCAUGUCCGCCAGGAAAACGUUUCCGUCCCAGCAUGCAACGCUCUCUGGCUUCGCUGCUGUCUAUAUCUCCAUGUAUUUCAAUGCCAGCAUCAGCAGCACCGCCAAGCUGCUGAAGCCGCUGCUGGUGUUUGCGUUCUGCAUGGCGGCGGGCCUCGCCGGGCUGACGCAGAUCACGCAGCACCGCAGCCACCCCAUCGACGUGUAUGUGGGCUACGUCAUCGGAGCCGGCAUCGGCGUCUACCUGGCCGUGUUUGCAGUGGGGAACUUCAAGGCUUCAGAGGAAGACGCUCCCGUUUUCCAGAAGCCGGCCCCGGCGCAGCCGAAGGACGGCCUCAGGGUGCUGAACCAGCGGAGCCACGACUCCCUGUACCGCAAGACCCCCCGGGCGUCCGAGAGCAGGGAGGAGCUGGGGGCGGGGCUUGGCUCGGGGGCUCGCUGCAAGGUCAAGAGGGAAAAGGCCUCGCUGGCGUCCCUCAAACGGGCGAGCGCCGACGUCGAGCUCCUGGCGACCCGCGGCCCCAUGGGCAAGGAAACCAUGGUGACCUUCAGCAACACUUUGCCCCGCGUCGCCAACGGCAACAGCCCCAUCUCCCCCUCGGACGAGCUCCCCGCCGCCACCCAGCGCCACAUGACCUUCCACGUGCCCUACGACCCCCAGAGGUCUCGGCAGCUGGUGUCCGAGUGGCGGCAGCGCUCGCUGGAGGUGCGCAGCCAGAGCUCGCGGGACGACGAGGAGGAGGAGGGGGGGGCGGACGGAGGGGAGGGCGGGGGAGGUGAAGGGGACCAGGAGAUGCCGGCGUCCCUUUACCCCACGGUGCAGGCCAACAAGGGCAACGCCACUCCCACCGGAUCGCGGAUGGCGGUGGCGCCCCCGCUGGUUCACAUCCCCGAGGAGGCCUCCCGCCCGCCGCCCGUCUCCCCGAAGAGCGCCAAGACCCGCGCCAAGUGGCUGUCGCUCAUCGAGGGAGGAGGGGGAGGAGGGGGAGGAGGGGGAGGAGGGAAGGAGCCGGGAUCAGGGCCCAUCGCCGUGUCCACGCCACGCGUUCCCAACACGCAGCCCGGCCAGCAGAGAGUCACGCAGGUGAUAGCCAUGUCCAAGCAGCAGGGUCACGGCGUCCCUUCGUCAGAAGGCUCCUCCUCCUCCUCUUCCUCCGGCGGCGGCGGCGGCGGCUCCUCCAACUGCUCCGAGUCGCCCUACUACCGCAUCCCGGCGGACCGAGACAGCUGCACGGGGAGCGGGAGCAUCGUCACCAUCGACGCCCACGCCCCCCACCACCCGGUGGUGCGCGUGUCGGCCUCCAACGGCAAGCCGUGGGAGUGGAGGAACACCAUCAGCGGGAACAUGACGGCGGGCGACGCGACGUCGGCGGGCGACAAACACCGCGUCUCGCUGCAGCGGCAGGACAACGUCAACCACUACCGGGAUUACCGGACGCUGCCCAUGAAGACGAGAGACGACUCGCGCGGCUCCUCCUCCGAAGCCGACCCCGGCGCCCUCCCCCCUCCCCCCCACCCCGACCUGCUGAUGGACGGCCACGGCCAGGCGCUGUCCCGCUCCUCCACGCUGCCCCGCCGGCCCUCCGUCUCCGCCCGCAGCCACGCGGAGCAGGAGCACUACUACAAGGCCAUGCAGAACGAGCGGAUGCUGUAGUCGGGAGGUCGGCGGCGGCGGCGUCGUGGUUACACGGCAGAAAGAGACGGUGGCGGGUGAAGAGAGAUUUAUGACG